AUGGAGCUGGGUGUGGGCUACUUAGCCGGCGCUCUGGCAGCCAGCGGUACAGUUCCCUCGGCCCUCCUUCCACUUCCAUGUCUUUGUACGUAUGUGCUGGCCAAGCUGCAACUGCACUGGUUCAGGGAGCUUGAGGAGCUCUAUUGGCAGGAGGUUGAUGCCCCGGAUGUCCCUGUGCCAGCAGGGGCAGAAGCUAGAAAUGUCAGUAUUGAAGGGCAUGUUGGAGAGCGAAGCGAAGUGACCUCGCACCACCGCUCCCCGCAGCCGCGCGUGCCCGAGGCAGCAGCUCAGGCGGCGCCGGUGUCAGCUCGGUGGCACCUGCGGCCCUCGGUGGGCACGUGGUACGCGCCGGUCAUUGAGCGUCCGGUGCAGGCGGGUGAGGUUGUGGCCCCGGCGAGCGCCGGCAGCGAGCAUCAGCGAGAUCAAGGUCUCGUCUUCCAAGACCCCAGAAAGAAAGAGAGAAAGCGGAUGGGAGGCGUAACAACUGAGUGGACGCCAGGCAGCUCAGGCGGCACCAGUGUCAGCUCGGUGGCACCUGCGGCCCUCGGUGGGCACGUGGUGUACGCGCCGGUCAUUGAGCGUCCGGUGCAGGCGGGUGAGGUUGUGGCCCCGGCGAGCGCCGGCAGCGAGCAUCAGCGAGAUCAAGGUCUCGUCUUCCAAGACCCCAGAAAGAAAGAGAGAAAGCGGAUGGGAGGCGUAACAACUGAGUGGACGCCAGGCAGCUCAGGCGGCGCCGGUGUCAGCUCGGUGGCACCUGCGGCCCUCGGUGGGCACGUGGUGUACGCGCCGGUCAUUGAGCGUCCGGUGCAGGCGGGUGAGGCGCCGGCAGCGAGCAUCAGCGAGAUCAAGGCUCACGUCCCUUUGCCACCGAGCAGUGUGACAAGCGGCCACUAUCUGCGACAGCCUGUCACUUCGCUGGCGUUGAGGCGAGUUGCAAGCCCGGUCUUUCGAGUGGGCUUCGCCGAGAUGAAUGGAUGGCGUCUUCACAUGGAAGAUGCCCAUCUCAUCCACGCACAAGACACAUGGGGCUUCUGCGGUGUUUUCGAUGGCCACGGUGGUGAUCAGUGCGCUCACUUCCUCUCCACGCGCCUCCAGAAAGAGCUGUCCACUUCCGGCUUGCCAACAGGGGAUGAUGCCAUCAGUGACCUUGCGACCCGCCUGGACACGGAGUUCCUCAGGUCCAGGCAGCCAAGCGGAUCUACGGCAACCUUUGUCAUUGUCGAGGCGCCCGCUGCCCCUGGAGGCCAGUACCGCCUCCGUGUGGGAAAUGUUGGCGACAGCCGCGUUCUUCUGGGGCGCGUUGAUGGCUCCAUCAUCCGUGGACCUGGAACUGACGGUGGGCUCACGACGGACCACAAGCCAGACCUGGAAGGUGAGCGAUGCCGAAUUCUGCGUGCUGGUGGGACUGUGCAGAAGGUGAACGGAGUGUCGCGAGUGAACGGGGAUUUGGCCGUUUCUCGGGCCUUUGGUGAUGCCCGUCACAAGAAUCGAGGAGGUCCAAAUCUGAGCGAUCGAGCGGUGGUCUGUACCCCGCAGCUUCAGGAUUUCACAUGUGGGGCCACGGAUUUCCUGAUGCUAAUCUGUGAUGGAAUCACAGAAGGCCUCUCGAACACAGCCUGCGUCCGGCUUGCAUCUGGUAAGGAGCCAGCAAAGGCCGCUGCGGCCGUUGUCAUGAAGGCCUUGAAAAAUGGCUCAACGGACAACCUUUCUUGCAUGGUCGUGCAGCUCGGCAGCGGCGAGGUGUCAGGUCAGGCUGUGGAGUUCGUUCCAGGCCCUUUUGCCAGUGACAGCGCGGCCUUCCGGAAGGCCUAUGCAUGCAUGGCCGGGCGCGGGGGGUUGACGCUGGAUCAAGCACUGAAGAUGCGCAAGCAGCAUUGCGAAAGGAGCCUCGCUCGGGCUGCGCCGGCGGUCGCGGCACAGCUCAAAGACGAACUCCGUCGGCUCCAGGCCGGAUGA